AUGAGUUACAUGAAAAAAGAUGAGGACGCUGAUCAGGUCAUGGUCAAGCUUGAUCGGACCUCCGUCUUCCAAGAUGCACGACUAUUCAAUUCCUCGCCAAUCUCCCCCCGAAGAUGUCGCACUCUGUUGACCAAGAUCGCGGUCCUCCUGUUUACCGGAGAGCAAUUCCCAACGAACGAGGCGACGACUCUCUUCUUCGGCAUCUCGAAGCUGUUUCAGAAUAAGGACCCUUCCCUGCGGCAAAUGGUUUACCUGAUCUUGAAGGAGCUUGCGAACACGGCGGAAGAUGUGAUCAUGUCCACAAGUAUUAUCAUGAAGGAUACCGCUGUCGGCAGUGAUGUACUCUACAGGGCAAAUGCCAUCCGAGCUCUGUGCCGCAUUAUUGAUGCCACCACCGUCCAAGGUAUCGAGCGACUGAUCAAGACCGCCAUCGUCGACAAGACACCCUCCGUUUCCUCCGCCGCGCUGGUCUCCUCAUACCACCUUCUCCCUAUUGCGCGCGAUGUUGUCCGUCGGUGGCAGAGCGAGACGCAGGAAGCCGCGUCUGCGUCCAAGCAAUCCACUGGGUUCCUUGGCUUUGGCGGUAGCUCUCAGAGCCACGCUAUCUCGCAAUCCAACUUCAUGACCCAAUAUCAUGCCAUCGGCCUGUUGUAUCAAAUGCGCUCGCACGAUAGAAUGGCACUAGUCAAGAUGGUUCAGCAGUAUGGAGCUGCUGGUGUUGUGAAGAGUCCUGCUGCGUUGGUUCUGCUGGUGCGGUUAGCGGCGAAGUUGGCAGAGGAGGAUCUUGGACUGAGGAAGCCGAUGAUGCAGAUGCUCGAUGGGUGGCUCCGACACAAACAUGAGAUGGUUAACUUCGAGGCGGCAAAGGCUAUUUGCGACAUGCGGGACGUCACCGAUGCGGAAGCAUCCCAAGCCGUCCAUGUUCUGCAGCUGUUCCUCUCGUCCCCGCGGGCCAUCACCAAAUUCGCGGCCAUCCGUAUCCUCCACAACUUCGCCUCGUUUAAGCCCCAUGUUGUCAAUGUUUGCAACCCCGACAUCGAAUCCCUCAUCUCAAACUCCAACCGCUCUAUCGCCACUUUCGCAAUCACCACAUUGCUCAAGACCGGCAACGAGGCUAGUGUCGACCGCUUGAUGAAGCAAAUCUCUGGCUUCAUGGCUGACAUCACCGAUGAGUUCAAGAUCACCAUUGUUGAGGCCAUUCGCACUCUGUGCCUGAAGUUCCCCAGCAAGCAGGCUGGUAUGCUGUCGUUCCUCAGCGGUAUCCUCAGGGAUGAGGGCGGUUAUGAGUUCAAGCGCAGCGUUGUUGAGAGCAUGUUUGAUCUGAUCAAGUUUGUCCCUGAGAGCCGAGAAGAUGCUCUUGCCCAUCUUUGCGAGUUUAUUGAGGAUUGUGAAUUCACCAAGCUGUCUGUCAGAAUCCUACAUCUCCUCGGUGUGGAAGGACCCAGGACCUCUCAUCCUACCAAGUAUAUUCGCUAUAUUUACAACAGAGUUGUCCUCGAGAAUGCUAUCGUACGAGCUGCCGCUGUCACAGCUCUGGCCAAGUUUGGCGUAGGGCAGAAGGAUCCCGAAGUCAAAUCCAGUGUAUCCGUCUUGCUCACACGCUGUCUUGACGAUACGGAUGAUGAGGUUCGCGAUCGUGCUGCUCUCAAUCUUCGUCUGAUGGCUGAAGAGGAUGAGAUGGCUGAACGAUUCAUCAAGAAUGACUCCAUGUACUCCCUCUCAACAUUCGAACACCAGCUGGUCAUGUAUGUGACAUCGACAGAAAAGGAGACGUUUGCUGCCGCGUUCGACGUCGCCACCGUCCCCGUCGUCACACAAGAACAGGCUUUGGCGGAAGAGAGAACGAAAAAGCUCACGACCGCCACACCCACUCUCAAGGCCCCAUCUGCCGGUCCUCCCAAGGGCAAGGCAAACGGCGUUGCCGAAGCAGCUACCGCUGCAGCAACUCAGAAAUAUGCCGAGCAACUUAUGCAGAUUCCAGAGCUCAGAGCAUAUGGAACCUUGCUCAAGUCUUCGGUUCCUGUCGAGCUCACCGAGAGCGAGACCGAAUAUGUUGUCACAGCCGUCAAGCACGUUUUUAAGGAGCACAUUGUCCUGCAGUACGAUGUUAAGAACACUCUACCCGAUACUGUGCUCGAGGACGUAACGGUAGCUGCGACGCCUUCCGAGGAGGAUGUUCUCGAAGAAGAGUUCACUGUUCCUGCUCCCAAGCUUGCUACCAACGAGCCUGGUAUCAUUUAUGUCACGUUCAAGAAGCUUGCUGGCGAGGAUAGCUUCCCGGUCACAUCGUUCACAAAUAACUUGAAAUUCACCAGCAAAGAAGUUGAUCCCUCAACCGGUGAACCUGAGGACAGUGGCUAUGAGGAUGAGUACCAGGUUGAGGACCUGGAACUUACCGGCAGUGAUUAUGUGAUCCCCACAUUUGCCGGCAGCUUUGACCACGUUUGGGAGCAGACUGGUGCGAACGGCGAGGAAGUCAGUGAGACGCUACAACUUAGCAAUAUGAAGAGCAUUUCAGAUGCUACCGAACAACUCAUAUCUGCGCUCUCUCUCCAGCCUCUCGAGGGAACAGACGUGGCUCUCAGCAACAGCACGCAUACGCUCAAGCUCUUUGGCAAGACCGUGUCAGGAGGCCGAGUUGCCGCUCUGAUCAAGAUGGCAUUCUCCAGCAAGUCGGGCGUUACCACUAAGAUCACUAUCCGAGCGGAGGAAGAAGGUGUCGCUACCGCUGUGAUGGCAGCUCUCGCUUAA